ACGAUCUGGCCUUGACAAGUGAUAACUGUCAAGUAUUUAACCUCACUCUUAGUUGUAUGUGUAAAUAUUGCGUUUAAUUAUGGCCAGCAGUACGCAGGGCCUUUCGGUGUCGCAAAUCUUAAAAUCAAAAAGCGAGUUUGAGGAUGAGCCUAAGAAAAAAUCGCGUGAAGACUGGCGGAAAGCCAAGGAGCUCGAAGAGGCGCGUAAGGCGGGCACAGCCCCUGCGGCUGUGGACGAGGAGGGAAAAGACAUAAACCCCCACAUCCCGCAAUACAUUGCCACAGCCCCGUGGUACUAUGGCACCUCGGGCCCCACCCUCAAGCACCAGAGGCCCCAAGACGACAAACAGGAGGAUUUCUCCAAGUUGGACGAGUGGUACAAGCGAGGGGUCGACACGUCCAAAGUUGUGACGAAAUUCCGCAAAGGCGCUUGCGAGAAUUGCGGUGCCAUGACCCACAAGCGCAAGGACUGCAUGGAGCGGCCCCGCAAAGUGGGGGCCAAAUUCUCGGGGGCGAAAAUAGCCGCGGAUGAGUUCAUCCAGAAAAAAUUAAAUUUGAGUUACGACGGGAAACGGGACAGGUGGAGCGGUUACGACCCGUCCGAGCACAAGGCAGUGAUAGAGGAGUUCCAAAAAGUUGAAGAAGCGAAGCGGCAGUUAAAAGCCGAUAAACUCAACGCAAAUAAUGAAAGUGACGAGGAGUUGGAUGAGGACAAAUACGUGGACGAGGUGGACAUGCCGGGGACCAAAGUCGACAGCAAGCAGCGGAUCACAGUCAGGAAUUUGCGAAUUCGGGAAGAUACGGCCAAGUAUUUGCGAAAUUUGGACCCGAAUUCGGCGUAUUACGACCCGAAAACGCGCUCAAUGAGGGAAAAUCCGAACCCGAAUAAGGAUGAUAAUUACGCGGGGGAGAAUUUUGUGAAAUUUACCGGCGAUACGACUAAACAUGCGUCCGCACAGUUGUUUGCGUGGGAGGCGUAUGAGAGAGGAGUUGAUGUUCACUUGUUGGCGGAACCCACCAAGUUGGAGUUGCUCCAAAAGGAGUAUGAGAAGAAGAAGGAACAGUUCAAGUCAAAGGUUCAAGGGAGUAUUUUGGAGAAGUACGGAGGGGAGGAGCAUCUGGAGGCGCCCCCGAAGUCGCUACUUUUGGCACAGACUGAAGAUUACGUGGAGUAUUCACGCUCCGGUAAAAUUAUAAAAGGGCAGGAGAAGGAAGUCAUCAAGUCAAAAUAUGAGGAGGAUGUCUAUAUUAAUAAUCACACUUCGGUUUGGGGGUCGUUCUGGCGAGGGGGGCAAUGGGGCUACAAGUGUUGCCACUCGUUUGUCAAGAAUUCGUAUUGUUUGGGAGAAGCUGGCCGUAACCAGGAGGCCAACAAACCACCAGAAGUUGUACCUGAACCAGAGGAAGAAAAAGAAUCAAGUGAGAGUUCAUCAUCCGAGUCGAGUUCCGACACAGAAGCGAAACACAAGUCCGAGAAAAACAAGAAAAAGAAGAACAAGAGAAAGAAAAACAAAGAGAAGAAAAAACUGAAACAAAAAGAAGAGAAGGACAAGUUAAAAGAGGCCCUCAAAGCGGAAGAAGAGCACCAAAAGCGAGCCGAGAGUUUACUGUCAAUAGACGAGAGGAAGCGUCCUUACAACAGCAUGUACGAAGUGAAGAAGCCCUCAGAGGAGGAGAUUGAAGCUUACUAUUUGAAGAGGAGGCGAGAGGAAGACCCAAUGAAUCAAUUUAUGUAAUAACAAGAAUAUAUUUAUUUGUAAUAAUACAAUGAAAAUAAAAAAUUAGCGUCGUGUUAA